AUGAAUGCCCAACUAAAGGAGCUUCAAAACAAAAGUGAAAUCCAAAUUCUGGCGCUAGAGAACCAACUAUCGGCCUUUCAGAAAACCCUUCUCGAAACCCUUUCCACAAUCAAUAACAAGAUCAUCCCUCCGAAGUUCGAGCUUAUUUUAUCUAGAUAUUUUUAUAUCGAACAUGAUUAUAAGAAAACCUGGGAUGAGGCUGCAGAAGCAUGUCGUGGAACGGGCGGCUAUUUGGCGGCUUUUAAAACCCAAGAGGAACUGGCAGCCAUAAUGCAGAAACUCAAGAAACGGGUUUGGUACUGGACUGGCGUUAGGCAUUCGAAGGAAGGUGGCAAGUUCAUAUCUACGGCCUCCGGGAAGCCUGCUACCGUUUUUAAGUGGUUCGAAGGAGAGCCCAGAAAUGACGGUGCAUGCGUUUUUCUAGAUGACUUGGGGAUGCGUGAUCUCAAUUGCAGCUCUGAACGUAGUUUUAUUUGCCAAUUAGAUAACGAAACAUAA